AUGAAUUUCUCCACAUAUCAAGAAAACCAGUCCCUUGAUACAACCAUCCUCGCUAACAGUUCGCUUCCAGCUGCAAUUGCUGAUGAAUGUAGCUUGCCUUUGGCAAUUGUUUUUACUUUAGCACUUGCCUAUGGAGCUGUUAUAAUUCUUGGACUUUCUGGAAAUUUGGCUCUUAUUAUAAUAAUAUUAAAGCAAAAAGAAAUGCGCAAUGUCACCAACAUCCUCAUAGUAAACCUUUCAUUUUCUGACUUGUUAGCAACAAUUAUGUGCCUCCCUUUUACCCUUGUUUAUACCCUCAUGGAUCACUGGAUUUUUGGGGAAGCUAUGUGUAAGCUAAAUGAGUAUGUGCAGUGUAUUUCUGUGACAGUUUCCAUUUUUUCAUUGGUUCUGAUUGCUGUCGAACGUCAUCAACUGAUCAUAAACCCUCGUGGAUGGAGACCUAGCAAUAGGCAUGCUUGCAUUGGAAUCACAGCAAUAUGGAUUGUAUCAAUAACUGGAUCAUUGCCUUUCAUAAUUUAUAGCAGUUUAACUGAUGAACCAUUCCAAAACAUAAGUGUUGACUUCUAUGUUGGAAAAUAUGUGUGCAUUCAACAGUUCCCAAACGAACAAUUCCGGCUGUUUUACAACACUCUGCUUUUUGUGAUUCAGUACCUGGGACCUCUUUGUUUUAUAUUCGUAUGCUACACGAAGGUAAAGUUUCUGUCUGUGUGUUAUGUCACUGUACAUAUAUAAAAUAGAAAAAAUCCUUGCACUUUUGCCUACUUUAAACAACUUCUUUACAUGUCGGGUGCUAGACCAUGCUACAGAUAUACAUAAUGGGAAGAAGGUGUGCACUCCUAGUCUUCCAUAAGAAACUGAUUUAUUGCUUCCUACCUGAAAGGUUAACAAAACAUAUGCAGAAAGGAGUCAACAAUUCUCUCCCUGAUUGGGACUUUCUUCAGGACAGCAUGUACAUAUAUAUAUAUAUAUAUAUUAGCAGUAGUUUUAAAACAUCUCAGGAUCUACCUUUUGAGCACCCCUGGUGUAUAUAUGUAAUUUAAAUUAAUAUUUAAAAAAAAAAAAAAAAAUAUAUAUAUAUAUAUAUAUACACACAUAUAUCAGAGAUGCCCAAAAAGUACAUCUCCAGAUGUUUUUAAAACUACAGCUUCCAUGAUGCUUUGUCAUUCUAAAAGCAUUAAUUUCAAAUGUAUGCAAAGCAUCAAGGGAGUUGUAGUUCCACAACAUCUGGGGAUCUACCUUUUGGGCACCCAUGAUAUAUACACACAUCUAAUGAUUAUUGUCCUCUUUUUUUUGUUUCAGAUAUUUCUAAGAUUAAGAAAGAGAAAUAAUAUGAUGGACAAGAUGAGAGAUAACAAGUACAGAUCGAGUGAAACGAAAAGAAUCAACAUCAUGCUUUUAUCUAUUGUAGUUGGAUUCGCACUUUGUUGGCUGCCUUUCUUCAUCUUUAACUUGGUGUUCGAUUGGAACUAUGCAGCCAUCGAAAUGUGUAGCCAUAAUCUAUUAUUUUUGAUUUGCCACCUUACUGCAAUGAUCUCCACGUGUGUGAACCCGAUAUUCUAUGGUUUCCUCAACAAAAACUUUCAGAGGGAUUUACAAUUUCUCUUUAAUUUUUGUGAUUUUAGAUCUAGAGAAGAUGAUUAUGAAACUAUAGCUAUGUCUACAAUGCACACUGAUGUUUCCAAAACAUCUUUGAAGCAAGCAAGCCCAAUAGCAUAA